AUGGAGGCUGGAGAGUUCGUGCAGAGCGGCAGAGCUUCGCAAUGGGCAGCCCCUCGUCUCAGCCGGCUCGUGGGAACUAGAAAAGUAGGGCGAAGAGUAAUGAAAGCAGACGAAGUGAAUAACGUGCUCUGGGUCUUUCCAGUGUCCGCAGGCGCAUUUGAGCUCCGCAUCUGGGUGGUCGAACUUUCGGUGGUACCAGGCAAAGUCGCCGUGGCCGCUCCGUGCACUUCGGAGGGCGCUUACCCAGGUUUCGCUACUGACACGUGCUUCGUGGGGCUCUCUGUGCCAGCAAUCCAUGAGGACGCGUGCUCGUUCAGCAGUCGACUGGCAAACUCAUUAGCUAUGGGCAUCAAAGACCACUGGUGCUGUAAGGCCUCCUCAAUGAAGGGACAGCUCCCCCGUCUGUCCGCUAAUAGCUUUCAUGAUCAUUCACUCGCACAGGAGGCAAGUUUUGCUUGCGCCACUUUCGGCGCAGCUACUUCUGGCACAUAA